AUGACCUUCCCUCCCCCUCACCCUUCCGCCCAAUCAUCGAUUGCUUCUGGCACCGAUAAAUCUUCUUCGACCAGGACCGAGAUUGGUGCCUGGGGUCGGUCCUCGUCACAGUCCGGAAUUCGUCGUGGGUUGACUCCUCUCGCGACCAACCUUUCCUCCUCCGCCGCUCCCUCCACAUCUGCCCGGGGCUUGGACGCAGGCCCUGGGGUUUCGACACCUUCUUCAUUUUCAGCCGUUCUGAGCUCCGCCAGAGGUCUUUCCGGGGGUAGCCCGAAGCCCACACCCUCACCGUUCACUUCACUGCAGUCGGGCUCGCAGCAGCAGGCCCAAUCGCUUUCCUCACCCAAGUUCCGCGCACACACCCCCUCUUCAGGGUCUUAUUUCCCCUCCGCAACAGGUUCCAUCCCAGGCAGCGGGGGAACCGGGGGCGGUGGUGGGCCCGGAUCGUCUAGAGGUGUUGCCUUUUCACCACUCUCGUCCGGCACAACCGUGAAUUCACCUACGGGUUUUCCUUCUGAUAAGCCAGGCUCUGCAGCAGCCCACUCAAGCCAGUCAUCCCUUACGAAGAUCUCAAUUGCGCAGGUGUUUCUCCUUUUGGACUCAAUCACAGAGAAGGAAGGCAAAGAAAAGUGGGAGACCAAAGCUGCUCAAAUCCACAAGCUUGUGUCAUCCAACGGAAUGGAGGUCUUUUCAAAGUAUUUCCGCCGCCUGCUGACAGGCAAUGCCCCGCAGAUCUUCCCUGGCGUGAACAAGUCUGUCGAGAAUGCGGGCAACUACCCCCUUCUAGUCCAGGAGAUGCAGAAAGUCGCUUCGGACAUCGAGCAAGCACAGAAGAUUGCUGAGACGGUAGACACUUCUGAGGGGGACAUCUUCCGCGAUUUCGACCUUUCUACCUUCCUGGAUCACUUCCGUCUCGACCCUGUUGUGAAGGUUUCCCUUGCAUUGGCUUUCAAGCUCACGAGCAAGUCUGAUCUUCGAGCCAAGGCCGAUGCCAUCCUUUCAAACUCCGUUACGCCUUUCCUCUCUAGCUUGGCGAACCCCUCGGAAGCGAACAAAGAUUUCCCGAACACUUUCCUAGGAAUGACACUCGAACGAUUCAUCCUAUACCCACCGCGCAAUCUCACCAGUGAGGUGAAGGCGAAGUUGCUCUACGCACUCAAUCUACGAUUCCAAAAGCUCGGCCAAGACCAGCCAUUCGAGAUUGUCUCUGCUCUGCAAAUGUUCACUUUUGUUGAUUCCGAAUACACUUUUGUGCGACAGCUCCACGCCAAGGGACCUCGUGCUACAGCGAAUACCGAGGCUAUCACGGAAGUUAUCAAUGCUGCCGGGCCAGAUGGUUGGAGUGAGGAACGUUUGGCCAGUGCUAUUCUGUUCAUGAUCUCGUCGCAGUACUGGGAGCAGUUUUCGCUCGAGAAUCUUUUGAUCGCCUAUGCGGGGAAGCAAAUUAAUUGGGCAUUGGUCCUCCAGACCUUUGAUCGCGAUGGCCUCCGGGUGAAUCCCAAGCAAUUCUCGCGGUUGUUUGAAGCGUUCUCCACCGUCGCUGCCAGUGAUUCUUCUCUGGACCUUCAAAAGUUGUGGGGUGGAGACUGGGAGCAUCGUGACGCACAGGUGUCCUUUCUAACUGCCUUUAUUGCCUCGCGCCCAGAUCUAUCGCUCAUUCCCAACCUGCGUGAGGCGUUCCCCCAAGAUCUCUUUGAUGAAGCUCCAGAGGUGAUCAAGCUGCAGAGUGAAAGAGUUGCCAAGUCCCCUCUUCGCUCUAUGGAUGCGAUAAAGGCCAUCUUUGAUGUCGUGCUAUUCUCACAGUCUUCGUGGGCCGCAACAGAGAGCCAGUUCCUCAUCAAGGUCGUUGUUCAGUUUGAUCUUCCGAUCUUCCUCAUUGCUGCUCUCGGUAUCAAACAGCCAUGGACUGACGUUCAGGCAAACUUCGUCACUCGCACUCUACUCGUGUGCUUGUCUAAGCAGGAUGAAGCCUACCAGCUGGCUCUUGAUGGGGCCUGGCGCAUGGACCGCCAAUGGGUGUCAGCGAAGCUCUUUGAUACUUUCACCCAGGAUUCAACGUCCACUGCCAUGAUUUAUGAACACGCCGUCGAGCAGGGGUGGCUUGACUAUCUUCUCGGAUUUACCAAUGGCUUGGCUCUGGAUCUCGCUUGCUAUUCUCACCGAAAGAGCAACUUUGAUCUCGAGCAAUGGGUUCGCAAUGCUACUCAGAAAGGUCAUAUGAACAUGGGAGACCUCCUGUCCAAAUUCCUCCGGAUCAAGGCAGAGGAUGAGCUCCAUGUGCAACGCAAGGAACAGCCGGUCCCGCACAUGGUCAGUCUUGCUGUGAAGACUGUUUACACGCUUUUAUCUGUCUUGGAAGAAUACGUUGGUGAUCGUGAAAACCUUACUCCCGUCCAACGCAUCUGCAUUCAGACCUACCCUCGACUGAUCAAUUACGGGGAGGGCUACGAUGAUAUCAUUGAUGCCAAUGGUGAGAAUGGAAAUUCGCUCCCUGAGGCCAUUGACAAGCAGAUGCAAGAUCUGUUUGGUAAGAUGUACCAUGAGGAACUCUCCCUGCGUGAAAUGUUGGAGUUGAUGCGGCAGUACAAGUCGUCUCGCGACCCCACCGAACAAGAUCUCUUUGCGUGCAUGGUGCACGGCUUGAUUGACGAGUACCACUGCUACCAUGAGUAUCCGCUUGAGGCUCUGACCAAGACCGCGGUCAUGUUUGGUGGUAUCAUCAACUUCAGACUGGUGGAUGGAAUAACCCUUAAGGUUGGCCUGGGCAUGAUUCUCGAGGCUGUCCGAGAGCACGAAGUGCAUGACCCGAUGUAUAAGUUUGGUGUGGAGGCCAUCGAACAGCUAAUCAACCGUCUUACCGAGUGGGCUGGAUUCUGCCAUUUGCUCCUCCAAAUCCCGACUCUGCAAGGCACUCCCAUCUUCCAGAAAGCCGAGGAAGUGCUUCGCGACCAAGGGUCCCAGCUGGGUGAAGGCGAGCGAUUCGAUGAUUUUGGCGCUGCCACUUUGCCCAAUAGCAACAAUGACGAUGCCUCCGCGACCGAUGGCGGUUCUCGGAAAUUCCGCUCUGUCCAGGUCGAUCCACCGCUCCGUUCUGACAUCUAUCACGAUCCAGAUGAGGACAUUCAAGACAAGAUUCUCUUUGUUUUGAACAACGUUUCAGAGCAAAACAUCGAUGAGAAGCUUCGGGACCUGCGCGAAGUCCUCCGCGACCAGCAUCACCAAUGGUUUGCCGCGUACCUGGUGGAAGAGCGUGCCAAGUUGCAACCCAAUUUCCAGCAGCUCUACCUCGACCUCCUGGACCGAAUUGGCGACAAGAUUCUCUGGGCCGAGGUCCUCCGGGAGACCUACGUCAGUCUUUCAAAGCUUCUGAACUCCGAAGCCACCCUUACCUCUUCCACGGAUCGUGGUCAUCUUAAGAAUCUGGGCGCCUGGCUUGGCUCAUUGACAAUUGCAAAGGACAAGCCCAUCAAACACAAGAAUGUCUACUUCAAGGGCCUGCUCUUGGAGGGCUAUGAUACCCAGCGUUUGAUGGUCACCAUUCCGUUCACCUGCAAGGUCCUUGUCCAAGCUACCAAGUCUCGGGUUUUCAGGCCUCCAAACCCGUGGUUGAUGGACAUUCUGGGACUCCUGCUCGAGCUUUAUCAUUACGCCGAGCUCAAACUCAAUCUCAAGUUCGAGAUUGAGGUGUUGUGCAAGGAUCUCGAUCUUGACCACAAGACUAUCGCACCAGCCAUUAUCAUCCGCGACCGUGCCGCUCAUAUUGGCGAGGAAGCUCUGCCGCCAACGGCCGCCAAUAUCCCAGAGGGACUGGAACCUUUCAAUGAUCUGGCCAUCGGUCCUCUCAGCCAAGGCAUCCAGAAUGAGCGUUUGUCGCCAGCUGCCAUCAUGUCAACACUGCCCAGUCUUGACAAGAUCCUCGUGCUUCCUCCUUCGGCGAGCAGCAUGGUGGACCCCAGCGUUCUCCGGCAAAUCGUCCACACCGCGGUUGAGCGUGCCAUUGCGGAGAUCAUUACUCCAGUUGUGGAACGCUCUGUCACUAUUGCCUCCAUCUCCACCGUUCAGCUUGUCUCCAAGGACUUUGCCACGGAGCCUGAUGAGGAGAAGGUGCGCCAAUCUGCUGGUAUCAUGGUCAGACAAUUGGCUGGAAGCCUAGCCCUGGUUACUUGCAAGGAGCCGCUCAAGGUCAGCAUGACCAACUACAUCCGAAUGAUUCAGCAAGAGUACUCUGAUCAGCCUAUGCCCGAGGGCUUGAUUCUCAUGUGCGUAAACGACAACUUGGACGCUGCAUGUGGUAUCGUGGAGAAGGCAGCAGAGGAGAAGUCCCUGCCUGAGAUUGAGAAGGUCAUUGAGCCACAGCUGGAGGCACGCCGGCGUCACCUGGCCACACGACCAAACGAACCAUUCGUGGACCCUUCAAUGAACCGCUGGGGGCUUUUCAUUCCCGAGCCGUAUCGCCAAAUGCCCGGAGGCUUGAACAAAGAACAAUUGGCGAUCUAUGAGGAAUUUGCACGUCAAUUCCGAGGCCCCGUGACUGCUCAUCCGCAAAACGUUUCCACAGAUUCCGGCCGUCAGAUCCCCGACGUCCUCCAAGAGGCUUUCCCUCCACCAAUCCCCAACCUCUCCACCCCCGCUGAACAGCCGGCCGUUCCUCACCGCACCCCGCAAGCGCAGAACGCGGCCGCCCAGAUGGGUGUCCCCACCAACGGUUUCCUCGAGGCCCAAAGCCCACGGGAGCGUGUGGAGUCUCUGAUCUCUGAGCUCCAACUUUCUGCACGGAAUGCCCCCGAGGAGCAUGUGAAGGAUCUUGGUCGAGAGAGUGCUGUUCUUCAGGAAUACAACCAAGCGUUGCGCGCCAUCCUGGCCUCACCAAAUGGGGAGGAACUGGCCCGUUUGACUUCGCUGAAGAUUUGCACAACUCUCUACUCUCAGUCCUCUGGCUCACUCGAAAUUGAGGUUCUCGUCCACCUUCUCGCCAAGCUCUGCGACAUGUCUUCCCUCAUCGCUCGAUACACCUGGGCGCUCCUCUCAGAGGUCGAUGAUGAGCACAUGUUCAACGUGCCUGUCACUGUUGCUCUCAUCGAUGCAGGCCUGCUGGAUAUUCGCCGGGUCGAUAUGGUCCUGGCUCGCCUCAUCUCUCAGAAGAAUGUCAGCGCCUUGGAACUCCUUGAGAACCUAAUGAACCGCGUGCUGUUCAACGACGAGCCGUCAGCUCUUCGGUCUGACUUCUCCGGAAGUCUGGAAGCCAUGAGUCAGUGGCUUACCGAAGACGGAACUGUCGCUCCUGCCCUGGAGAUCGUUCGCAAAUUGCGCGAUGUCGGCAUCCCUGAGGUUGUCAACACUCUUCUCACCGACCAGGCUCGGUCCAAGCGUGACCAGAUGGAAUACAUUUUCAGUGAAUGGAUUGGCGUGUACAAGGCCUCCGGCGCCAGUGAGCGCACUUACUUGUCCUUCCUCCAGGACAUGCACAACCGCCAGGUGAUGAACUCUCAGGAGGACUCUGCCCUAUUCUUCCGCCUCAGCAUCGAUAUUUCGGUGGCUAUGUUCGAGCAUGAGUCGCAGAACCCGAACGGUAGCCUCGACGAAGCCUUCCUGUACAUUGACGCUCUCGCGAAGCUCGUUAUUCUUCUGGUUAAGUUCCAGGGGGAAAGCACUGGCGCAGUCAAGGCCGAUAAACCUUCUUACUUCCAUUCCAUCCUGUCCGCUCUGGUGUUGGUCCUCAACAACCACCAAGUCAUGCGGGGAGAGGCUUUCAACCAGCGUGUCUUCUUCCGCCUGUUCUCCAGCAUCCUAUGCGAAUAUUCAGUCGCUGGCCUCCAGCACCAUGAACAACACCAGGGAAUGAUCUUCGCUAUGGCCAACAAGUUCCUGUCUCUACAGCCUCAUUAUGUGCCUGGUUUCGUUUACGGAUGGCUGUCUCUCGUUUCCCACCGUGUGUUUAUGUCCGACAUGCUCAACAUGCCCGAGCGCGCCGGCUGGGCUCCCUACUGCGAGAUCAUGCAGGCUCUGCUUUCUUACAUUGGCGAGCAGCUCAAAGCUGCUGAGAUCCACUAUGUCGCCAAGGAUCUGUACAAGGGUGUGCUUCGCAUCCUGCUGAUCCUCCACCACGACUUCCCCGAGUUCGUCGCUGAGAACCACUUCCAAUUCUGCAAUGUGAUCCCUGCGCACUGCGCUCAACUUCGCAACUUGGUGCUCAGCGCCUACCCAUCGUCCUUCCAGAAACUCCCAGAUCCUUUCCGUGAAGGACUCAAGGUUGAGCGCCUCGAGGAGAUGCGGGAAAUCCCUAAGAUUGCCGGUGACAUCGCCGCACCUUUACAGCAAGCCAACAUCAAGCAAGUCAUUGAUACCGCUCUGCAAAAUGAUCAACCUUCCGAUGUCGUGGUGCAGCAGAUUGUCGAGGCUGUCGUAACCUCCGAGGCUAGAGACACUGCUCUCUUCUACGCGCCAAUCAACGUGGACGUCGUCCUCGUAAAUGCCCUUGUCCUAUACAUCGGCCAGCAAGCCGUUGAGGAACAUGCCUCAAAGACUAACACCCGCAAUGCUUUCGAGACCUCAGCCCACGCCACCCUUCUAGAGAAGCUCGCCCAGGUCAUGCUGCCUGAGGCUCGUUACUACCUGCUGAGUGCGAUGGCGAACCAGCUGCGCUAUCCCAAUAGCCACACCUACUUCUUCAGCUUCACCAUUCUCCGCUUGUUUGGUGUUGACUUCUCCGAGUCAGAUGACUCGGAUAUUCGCCAGCAGAUCAUCCGUGUGUUGCUGGAGCGACUGAUUGUCCACCGUCCACACCCAUGGGGUCUGAUCAUUACGCUGCAGGAGCUUCUCCAGAACCGAAGCUACUCUUUCUUCCGCCUUCCCUUCAUCCAGGCGGCUCCCGAGAUCGGACGACUCUUCGAUGCUCUUCUCCAGCACAUCCAACAGCAGAGCCCCCGCCCCGUCGCAUAG